CAAUCUUCUGAAAGCCAAUUCGCGAUUCAAGGGCAGGUGCAGGUGCCUCAAAGUCGCGAGUGACAGCAAUGACCAGCAUGCGGGGUCAGGACUGCACGUUGCUUUGACAAAAGGUAGGCAUGCCGCUUCCUCCUCUCUUCAUCAACACCACCCUCAUCGACUCUUGUCCCAAAACGUGGCAAUCCUCGAAUCGAAUCCUGAUCCACCCCACAAGUAAGAGCCACACAGAUCCUUUUCCAUCAUGGCGGACCUCUUUCAACCCGGAGCUACCAACUACAGCCUGCACGCCCUGCCUGCAGCUCUCUUCAUCUCGGCGCUGCCCCACUGGUGGUCCAUCUACCAAGUCGAGUCUCGUCGAGGCAAAAAGUCCGCCGACUCUUCCUUUCAAAAGGGUUGGGACAACACCAACCCACGAGCAUGGGUCGCGCGUCUGAACGCCCAAGCAGCUUCCGGCAAGCAGCUGACUCCUCUAGAGGGAGCUGUGCUGCGCGCUCAAUCUGCUCAGCAAAACGGCUUCGAGUGGUUCGGAGCUUGGGGUCUCGCCAUUCUAGCUGGCAAUGUCGCCAAGCUGCCAGCUCAUGAGCUCAACUCCCUCACCCUCGCUUACCUCGCCCUAAGAGUCAUCUACAACUACCUCUACGUCACCACUUCGUCUCGCGGUGGAAGCUUCAUCAGGACCGCCGUCUUCCAAGGUACCGUGAUCAUCAUGGUGCGCCUCUUCUGGAAGUCUGGACAGGCUCUCAAGUGAUGCGGAACAUCGUCCUGCACAGACAUUCCUCACGCUAGUCAAUCACUCGACACUCUUGUCGCAUCCAUUGCCAUCAAUUGCUCUUUGAACCUGUAUCCUCGUGAUUUGAAAGAGCGCACCAGAGCCAGGUCGUUCGUAGCGCCGACAGGAGCCGCAGCUUCACGAACCGUGCCCCGAGAGGUCUGGCACACAGUCAGCGCUCACUGCAUUUCAUUGGACACCUCAGAUCAGUCGGAGGCGCGCACGGGCUCAUGAAGACGUCGCAUUUCGAGAAAGGAAGGGGGUCAUACGACGAGACGGUGUGGGCAGCAGAAGCGAGCGAGAUGCUGGCAGGAAUACGUGAGAUCACAUGGAACAGCGCAAAGAAAAGAUGUAGGGUGACGACGAGUAUAAGGCAUUCGAUCCGCAUCAGCCCACUCGCUUGACCGUUCUUCUUUCGCCACUGCCGGCGAUCUUGACGAGGCCCU